AGUGCAGCCGUGGUGAGACGGGGUCAUCCUAAACCCGGUUGGAGCGAUGUGCCGAAGUCUCUGGAAUUAACUUCGCUUAAGGAGCCGGAAAAGGGGAAUCCUCUUCCAGACUGCUUUUUUAAGUGGGAGCGGAAAAAAAGCUUAUCGGUGGCAAUGAUAGAUCCCUUAGAGAACAACUUGUUUGAUCUGCCUGAUUAUGAGAAUACAGAAGAUGAAACGUUCCCACCUCUUCCACCUCCUGCCUCUCCAGGAAGAGACGAUGUUGAAUGGGCUCAAGCUAAUGGAGAACCAGAUGGAAACCAGCAGUCACAAACAAAGGAUUCUGCUGUAGCUACACGGAGGGCAGUUAAAAGACCAAUGCCUAAACUAGAUGCCCAGAGGUUAAUUUCAGAAAGAGGACUUCCAGCCCUGAGACACAUGUUUGACAACGUAAAGUUCAAGGGCAAGGGGCACGAGGCGGAAGACCUGAAGACGCUCAUACGACAUAUGGAACACUGGGCUCAUAGACUGUUUCCCAAAUUGCAAUUUGAGGAUUUUAUUGACAGAGUCGAGUCUUUGGGAAACAAAAAGGAAGUUCAGACCUGCCUAAAGCGGAUUAGACUUGAUCUUCCUAUUUUACAUGAAGACUUUGCAAGUAAUGAAGAUGGCGGAGGGGAAAGCAACGGACUGGGUACAGCCACUGAAGAUGUACGUUCCUCCUCUGGAAAUGCAGAAGAACUUAAUUCUCUCGCUGGUGCAACUCUCACGGAAGAGCAGCAACAGCGAAUCAAGAAGAACAGGCAGCUGGCCUUGGAACGUAGGCAAGCAAAGAUGCAAUGUAACAGCCAGUCGCAACACAAGGAGCUCUCUGCUGGUUACUCAGAAGAGGAGUUUAAUACCCUACUCGCUCAGGAUCCCCCUGACCUUAUUGAAGACACUCAAGCUACUGCAACCAAGGUUGCUGCUACAGAAGCUGAAGAUGGAGAUAGAGAAUUGGAAUGUGCCAGUGAAGAGCAGUAACCGUUCCCCAUGCUUUGAAUGACUUUCUUGACUGAAAGACGGUACUUAAAACAGUGGAAUCAUUAUAUGGAAAUGUUGCUGGCUCUUUGCUCUCUGACUCCAGAAGCUUCAUGGAAGUCUUUACCAUGACAUCUGUAUUGUUGGACAGAACUCUUGAAACUGCAGCUGAGCAACUCCAUACACUGGAAAACAGAACGCAGUUCUGCAUCUGCAUUUGAGACAUCUUUUCCACCUCCCCCUCCUGACUUUCUCUAGGGAAGGUUAAUGAGGUUUUUUACUUACUUUGAAUUUUGUUUACAGUUGAUGUCAAACUGAAUUAACUGGGAUAUUGACAGGUGAAGUUUCUAUUAAAGUUGUUUUGUUUUUUUCUAAUAGAGGGUGUAUAUACUAGCGGAUAGUGCUAUGUCUGGACAGGUGUCCUGGAUUUUUUUAACUUACUCAUCAAGUACCUGUAUUUUCUUCUUA